AUGCUAAGCAUCCUCGCCCUUGACGACAACAUUCUACAGGGUGGGAUUCCACCUGAAAUCGGGCUCCUCUUUAGAUUACAAGAACUAUGGCUUUAUAAAAACUCUUUCACGGGAAGCAUACCGGCUACCAAAACGAAUUGCUCCAACCUCCAUAUCCUUCAGUUGGGUAACAAUAAGCUGACCGGCAAUAUCCCAGAUGGGAUUGGUUCAUUGUCCAUGCUAAGCAUCCUCGCCCUUCACGAUAACGUUCUACAAGGCGGGAUUCCAAAUGAAAUCGGGCAUCUCUUUAGAUUACAAGUACUAUAUCUUUAUAACAACUCUUUCACUGGAAAUAUUCCGGCCACCAUAACGAAUUGCUCCAACUUUCAAGUCCUUAACUUGGGUUUCAAUAAUCUGGUCGGGAAGAUCCCAGAUGGGAUUGGUUCAUUAAUGCCUCAUCUUGGAGUACUUGUAUUGAAAAACAAUCAUAUCCAUGGAAAUAUAUUGUCCAUCCCUCCUACAGUUCGUUGGCUCGACUUAGGUGGUAAUAAUUUUGGGGGGAAAUUACCUUCUCUCACAAACAGUUCGUCGUUAAUAGAUUUGGACCUAUCAAAUAACUAUUUUGUGGGAUCAUUACAUAACUUGCUUUGUUCCAAUGGUGUGAAGAAGACCAAAUAUUUUAAUUUGGGAUAUAAUCAGUUAUCGGGUGUUAUUCUAGAGUGUUGGGAGAAGUGGUCGAGCUUGGUACUCUUAUGGUUAAAUCAUAAUUAUUUGUCAGGUGAGAUUCCAAGAACAUUGGGCUCUGUACCUUUGUUGCAAUUUUUAGCCAUAAGGGAGAACAAGAUUUCAGGAGGAUUACCUUCUUCCCUAUUGAAUUUGUCAUACUUAAAGGUCCUUGACCUUGGAAGAAAUAAUCUUGCGAGAAUCAUUCCACCAUCUAUUGGAAUAAAACUCACUAUGUUGAAAAUUCUCAAGCUUAGAUCCAAUAAUUUUUAUGGAAAUACUCCUGACCAGCUAUGUUAUCUUUCACAAGUUCAAGUCUUGGAUCUCGCUGAUAAUAACCUCUCAGGAAAUAUUCCUAGAUGCUUCAACAACUUUAGUGUGCUUUCUGGCAUAGAAACUAAUUUAGAGGUUCAAUUAUCAUUCUAUCUUGACGAUGGCUCUAUUACUGUAAGUAAUUCAUUGGUGAUGAAGGGACAAGAAGCCACUUAUAGAUCUUUUCUAGGGCUAGUCAUGCUUUUGGACCUUUCGAGCAACAAGUUUUCAGGGCAGAUCCCUAGUGAGCUUACAACCCUCCACAAGUUAAAAUCAUUGAAUUUAUCAAGAAAUCAAUUGACAGGAGAGAUCCCGAAUAAGAUAGGAGACAUGAAAUCACUUGAAUCUUUGGAUUUAUCAGUAAACAAUCUUUCUGGGGAACUUCCUAUGAGUUUGUCAGAGUUGAAUUUCUUGGGUACCUUUAACGUGUCCUACAACAAUUUAAUAGGAAGAGUUCCAACAGGUACUCAGAUUCAGAGCUUCAAUGAGUCCAGCUUCUUUGGAAACAAACUUUGUGGAGCUCCACUGACUAAUGAUUGUGUACAUGUUGACAAACCUGAUACAACAAGCGACCAAAAAGAAGACGGUGGAUCACACAAAGUAGAUUGGGGGUUGAUUAUUAGCAUACUGCUUGGAUUUAUUACAGGGUUUUGGGUCAUUGUGGUUUCAUUAAUGCUCAAUCGAUCAUGGAGGAUAACAUAUUUCCGUCUCUUCAGGAAAUUGAUCAAGGUAUAA